AUGGGCGAACUGCCUCUUUGGCAAAAUUCAUCCCACCUGGGUACUGUUCAAACUUCAGGAACUCCAUGGAGCCUCAAAUGCGACGAAGCACCCUGCGGGAAUCAUGAUAUGCUCUCAACACCAAUGGGAACUGAGCGAACUGAUAAUCAGCUGUAUCAACGCAGAGUCCCCAUGUUUGAAUGGCUAAUUGAUGAGACCAGAUCUGAGUUCAAAUGGUAUGAGAGUGUAUAUAGCAGCCUGAGCGACGAGGUCCUGAGUCAAAGAAAAGAAAUUCGCAGCCUCAGGAAGCAAAACGCGGACUUGUGCGCAGAGAAUGACAAUCUGAGGUUAGAAAAUCAUCGAACUAGGGAGAUCCUUCGUGUGGUCCAAGAGCACGCGGAAAAAGCAGUCAAAUGGGGCACAAACGCGAAGCCGCGAGCGAACGGAAAUAAGAUACCAGAUUGUGAAUUCAAGUCAAAAUGGAGACAACUCAAGUUUAAUGUGAGAAUGCUCUCUGCGCAUAUACUUGACAAUAAUCCUGCUGUUACCUUACAAGCGAGGGAUUUCGCCACAAUUAUGAAAUCUUUCAGAAACAGUAAAGGGAAUGAGUUACAUGACAGUUCCUCAUUCCAGGAAUUCCAGGAGCCAGGCACUAGACGACGUGUCCUGGAAGCAUAUCUCUGGAAUUUCAUCUCGGAAGUAGUUUUUGACUCGAAAAGCAGAAUUGAUGCCGCUAAAACGGGGAGAACCUUCAAGAGGCAUAGAAAAGAAUAUGCCAAGUUGAAAAUUGGAGAUUCGUCUCAAAUCGCGGCUGUCUAUGACUGGUUACAGUCAGGCUGGCCUAUCGCAAAGCCCGUAACACCCGACUCUGUCAAUGAGCUCUUACGAAAGGACUGUGAAAAAAUUUACCAAAUGAUUCAUGGCAAGGAUGGCAGAGAGCGCUCAGACAGUCGGGCAGAGUCACGCGAAGAGCUCCGAGAUAUACUCUCUCUCGCUUUGGAGCUGGAUGAUAUGAUCAUGACCUCACGAGCCAUGGUUACCGUGGUAUGGCCCAAUGAGAUACCCGAGCUUAAUGCUGGGAUUCACACAGCCUAUUGCGAAUCUUAUAUGGAGCUGGUAGAGGGAGAUAGAGAGCCCGGAGAGAACGUGGGAUUGACGUUAAGCGUUACCCCUAUACUUUUGAAGAAAGGGAAUGCGAGAGGGACGAACUACGAGUCUCAGAUUGUGCUUGUUAAGGGUGAUGUUGUUGUGGCUAAUGGGUCUAGUCAAGGGAGUGCAGAACCUGUUCAGACUCAGGAAGGUACCAUACAGUGA